AAUAAGAGAUUCAAAAAAAAGCCACACUAGACUUUUGUUUGGAAUGUUUGAAGCAUUUGGUAUAUCUGAUACAUUUGGAACUAGUAUAUAUAUAUUAGCAAAAGAAGAAAAAGCUAUUGUUUGA